AUGGCGUGUCACAAAGAUCACUCUGGCUGCGGUGUGGAGAAGGAGGUGGAGGGGAAAGGAGUGGAGGCAGCUAAGGAGGAUGUUGCAAUCAUUAAGCAAGAAGUAUUGGUGGCCUGGUCUCGGGUAGUGGCAGUGGAAGUAGAUUCAUGGGCUGACCCCCUUUUCCUGGACUACAGCUCCAAUGUGACCUCCCACAUAAAAUCAACCCCCCUUUCCUUCAGCUCUCUCUCCAGAUUUUCACAGAGAGCUCUUCAAAGUUCCUGUUCUCAGAGGAGCCAAAAGUCAUCCGGGAAGGCGCUGUUUAACCUGAGUUGCAGCCAUCUAAAUCUUGCUGAAAAGGAAUAUUUUGGAUUAGAAUUCUGUAGCCAUUCUGGAAAUAAUGUCUGGUUGGAACUUCUGAAGCCCAUUACAAAGCAAGUAAAAAAUCCUAAGGAGGUUGUUUUCAAAUUUAUGGUGAAAUUUUUCCCAGUGGACCCUGGACAUCUGCGAGAAGAGCUUACAAGGUAUCUUUUUACUCUUCAAAUAAAGAAGGAUUUGGCUCUAGGAAGGCUUCCGUGCAGUGACAACUGUACAGCGUUGAUGGUAUCUCACAUCCUACAAUCAGAACUGGGAGACUUUCACGAAGAAACAGAUAGAAAACAUCUGGCACGAACCCGGUACUUACCGAACCAAGACUGUUUAGAGAGCAAGAUCACGCACUUUCAUCAGAAGCACAUUGGCAGGAGCCCAGCUGAAUCUGACAUUCUGCUACUGGACAUAGCGAGGAAGUUGGAUAUGUAUGGCAUCAGGCCUCACCCUGCCAGUGAUGGCGAAGGGAUGCAGAUCCACCUGGCUGUUGCUCACAUGGGCGUACUGGUGUUACGGGGAAAUACAAAGAUCAAUACUUUCAACUGGGCUAAAAUCCGCAAGUUGAGUUUUAAGAGAAAGCAUUUUCUCAUCAAACUUCACGCCAACAUCUUGGUGUUGUGCAAGGACACGUUGGAGUUCACCAUGGCCAGCCGAGAUGCCUGCAAGGCUUUCUGGAAGACUUGUGUGGAGUACCAUGCUUUCUUCCGACUUUCCGAAGAGCCCAAAUCAAAGCCCAAAACCCUACUCUGCAGCAAAGGUUCCAGUUUCCGCUAUAGUGGAAGAACCCAAAGGCAACUUUUGGAAUAUGGAAAAAAAGGAAGGUUGAAGAGCUUGCCAUUUGAAAGGAAACAUUAUCCAUCUCAGUACCAUGAACGGCAGUGCAGGUCCUCGCCAGACCUCCUCUCUGAUGUGUCAAAACAAGUGGAAGAUUUGAGACUAGCAUACGGCGGUGGGUACUACCGAAAUGUGAAUGGAGUGCAUGCAUCUGAGCCGGUGCUAGACAGUCGGAGGAGAAAUUCUGCAGUGGAGGUGACGUUUGCAGCCGAGCUGGAGCGUUCCAAACCAGAAGCGGAUCCCACAUCAUUACAUCAGUCCCAAAGCAGUUCCUCUUUCCCUUUUAUUUAUACAGACCCUGUCUUUAAAACUGACCCCGAUCCUGCCACUGAUCCCAGAGACUACUUUGAGGAAAGGAGUCCUCUAAGCUCCUUCCGAACAAGCUGUAAGUUUGCUGACAAUCACAUGAGCACAUCUUCUGGCCUGACAAGCAAAGUGAGUCCAGCAAGGCAGCUAACUUACACAGAUGUGCCCUAUAUCCCUUGUACUGGUCAGCAGGUUGAUAUCAUGCCUCCUCAAGUCUUUUUUUAUGUGGACAGACCACCCCAGGUGCCCCGACGGUCUCCAAUCAUGGCAGAGGAAAGGGAAAGGCAAGAUAACUGUCUAGAGCCCACUGCAAUGAAGCCGGCCAAAAAAAGCCCAAGGAAUGUCAGAAUGAAGAGCUUUCAGCAAGACUUUCAAGAACUCCAAGAAGCUAUGGCCAGGACUAGUGGUAGGAGCAACAUCAAUGUAGAUCCAGAAGAGGAAGACCCAAAUUUAGAAGAUGCAUUUGCAAGUAACAUUCAAGAGCAAACCCCUAAACGAUCCCAGAGCCAAUCAGACAUGAAAACUAUCCGUUUUCCUUUUGGGUCAGAAUUUAGACCUUUAGGGCCUUGUCCUGCUCUGAGUCGUAAAGCUGACCUGUUUACAUAUAUGUUUGCAGAGCAGGACUUUCCACCAGUUCUAAUGGAUCAGGGAGCAGCAGAAAGAUGUGUAGCCAGUGAAUCCAGUGAUUCUGAAUCAGAGAUUCUUAAACCAGACUACUACUCUUUGUAUGGCAAAGGAAUAAGGUCACCCAUGGCCAGAAUCCGCUUGUCUUCUGGUAGUCUACAGCUAGACGAAGAAGAUGAAGAUGUUUCUUUCACUACACCAACUGCUGAAGACAGGACUUUUCUAAAACCGUGUAAUUACUUUUUAACUUAAAAAUGUGAACUCUACGGACAUUCCUGGGCCAGUUCCAUGUUACCAACUUAGGUAAAAAAUUAGGAACCUUCUGCAUAAACCACUUUUUUAGUUAGUAUUCCUUGGUAUUAAUGGAAUCCUCUAAGUUUGGGCACCUAGCUUAUGAAAUAUCCAGCUGCUGCCUCGAUCCUCAAGCUCCACUCUUGUGUUCCCUCUGAAGGGUCUCUGGACCAUGCCCUCUCCUCACCAGCACUGUGGUGGGGUGAGGUGGGUAUUUGUCAUCUCCAUUAUACAUUUCUCCAUAGAGACAUUAUAAAUGAAAGUCAGGCUCUUCAACACUGAAGAAUGGUAACAGUAGGGGUUGGCAUAUAGAAUUGGCUUCUGAUGUCAUUUAGUGAUUUAGUAGAUUGUGACUGUGUCGGUCAUUUUGUUCUUAAUACUAUGACUAAAGGUUUCAGUCCUCAUUAUUUGCGUGGGGCCUGGUAAAAAUGGUCCUGUUAUAUGUUAAGGACUUUAAUUUUUAUAACAUAUACUAGGGGGAGCAUGGCCCUCCUAUAUCUCAGGAACAAGACAGUGGCAUAGAUCCUCUCAACACAACACAAGUCUAUAACUCAUCUAGGAACUGGCAGAAUUCUAAACCUCAAAAAUUCAUGAAUUAAUCAAUUGCUAAAGCCAGAUAUAUGCCUGAUGAAGAUAUGAUGUUUGACUUAUUACUUCUCUAUUCUUAACUAUCUAUUAUAUGUAGCGAAAGAUAAAAGUUAACAUGGUGUUUAUUUAAUCUCUCCUGCGAGAAUUGAUUUUUUGCUAUAUCUUGUUGCAUGUACGUAAUGUAGG